AUGAGGUUCCGGCCAUCGUCGGCCCCGGGCUCCGCCGGUUUGGCUAUCGGUGCUGUUAGAUCCAACGCAGCGGUCUUCACCGCGCUAGCCGCCGCCUGCGUCGCUACCUACGCCAUCGCCAUAUCGCGCGACCCGGGAUGCGUGCCGGCGUCCUUCGUGCCCGACGUCGAGGAUGUCGGGAGCCCCAUCCACGAGAUCAAGCGCAAGGGUGGUGACUUGAGAUACUGCCAGAAAUCUUCCCAUUAUAAACCUCCUCGAGCACACCAUUGUCGUGUCUGCAAAAGAUGUGUUCUAAGAAUGGACCACUACUGUAUAUGGAUUAAUAACUGUGUUGGGCAUGAGAACUACAAGAUAUUCCUAGUUUUUGUUCUGUAUGCUGUAAUUGCAAGCUUCUAUUCUAUGGUUCUCAUUAUAGGUGGUGCUGUGCAUUUACCCAAAGAUGAACAACCAGGCAGUGAUUCUUCUAGAACAUCUAUUAUUGUCAAUGGGGUUCUUCUGUGCCCUUUAGCGUUGGCACUGAUGGUUCUAUUGGAGUUCAUUUGGCGCUGUAUACUGAGAAAGCAGCUUCAAAAAGCAUUUGCUGUUAUCCUUGGCUGUAUGUCAGCUGCUAUACUGUUGGCUGAAGCUACUUUACUUCCAAGUGGUGUUGAUUUAUCUCUCUUUUCUAUUCUUAUAAAAGCUGUAGGAAAGCAAGAGGUUUUAGUUCAGGUAAGGAACUGA